GGCGGUAAAACUGUAACCAUUCUGGCGCGAAACCCCCCCAAAUAAGAAGCAGCAGUACAACAUACUCCAAUGAGAGGUUCCAACUUCCAAUGAGCGAAAGAACAGUAGAAAAUUCUCCAGAAGUGAACAGAAUCGCGGUCACUCGCCAUAUGGAUCCGGUAAAUGAAGGAAAUCCAAGUCGGAAACUUGCAAAGCGUCGCGAUGAUGAUGACGUUUCUGGUGCGAUGAUUCCUCCGGCCGAUGGGAUUAGCAAUUUGCCGGAAGCAAUCAUUUCCCAUAUUCUCUCUUUCCUUCCCGCUGACUCUGCUGUUGCAACGAGCAUUGUCCAGAAGCUGGAGAUCUCGCUGGACUAAAGUAAGCAACUUAAUGAUUCCGAGUGGCUUAAAAGCAGUAGAUAUAAAUCAAAGAUGCGUAAGACUGGUUAUUAUGUUCCAAAUAUGAGUUUUUGGAAGUUUGUGGAAAUGGUUUUGCGCAAUCACAAUGCUGAAUUCUCCAUGGACAGGUUUUGUGUUAAUAUUAAUAAACCGGAAUCCUUUUUUAAGUAUCCUGGAAAAUGGGUCAAUUUUGCAAUUGCUCGUAAUGUUCGAGUUCUUGAUUUGGAUAGGUCACAGGAAGGUAGGUAUCAAUAUGCUGAUUAUGAGUUAUCUAUUACCAGUUGAUCUCUAUAGUUGUGGAACAUUACAAGUUCUGAAAUUACGAGGGCCUUUUCUGGUUAUAGUUCACCAUGGGGCUUCUCUUCCGAAACUUACACUUUUGGAAUUAGAUUUCGUUAGAUAUGCAGUGGUUGGAAAUGAUUUGGAUGUGUCCCUUCGUAACCUUUUAUCUGGUUCUCCAGCCCUUGAGUCUCUUAGGAUUAAACCAUUUUGAUGGGAUGGUAGUUUGUAGAGUUUCUUCCCGUGUUAAAACGUCUUCAGUAUAUUCAUGCUUUGUGCUAUGAUGAAUGUGAUGACUGUAAAGAUCAUGCUUAUCUUCGGUUGAAGUUGGAAAUUGAUGCACCUUCACUUGAGUACUUCUCCCUAGAUGAUGAAGGGGUGUCGAAAGAAAUGACUUUCGUGCAAGCGCCAACCUCUUUGAUUGAAGUGGCUCUUGAUGGUACUCCACACUCAAUACUGACAGUUGUUGGGUUUGUUCAAGUUUUUAAUCAUGUGAAGUUUAUGACAUUAUCAACGAGAGCCACAGGAACGCUUCACUCGGCCACCAACAAAUUUUCAGCAUGUUUUGACAGGCUGACCAAACUGGUUAUCAUGCUUGAUCAUUGCGACUUCGUUUGGGUGAUGGACUUGGUUCACUGUUGUCCCCAAUUGAAGGUACUGAGCAUUCAGAGGUGCUUAUACUCAUCUUACACUUUCACAUGGAGCAAGCCUAUAAGUGUUCCCAAAUGUUUCUUGUCUAGUUUCACACAAGUUUCAUAUAGGGGAUUUGAAGGCCUUGAAAAUGAGAUGUCCCUACUACAGUUUAUUUUGAAUCAUGCUUUAGUUAUGGAAAUAGUUGAUAUACGCUGUGUUCCAUGGGUAAAGGAUAGGAUGAAGGAAAAUUUUCAUUUACUUGACAGGAUGUCAACGUUCUCUAAAGGGUCUCCCACUUGUAAAAUCUCAUCUGCUCUAUUACGAUGUUAAACAAUGGAUCUGGUAUAUCUUGCUGGAUCUGAGGUUGAAUUUACUUCUACAUUUUAUUCUAUGUUAGAUUUCUGGACUGGUCUGCUCGAAGUACAUGGUAUGCUUACUCUUGUUAAGGUUUGGCUUCGGUUUUGUAGCGUUUCGCUGUUAGCUUUUCAUAGCUGUUGUUCAGUGUGUUUCUGUUCUUGAUUUGGAAUUAGUUUUGUCAUUUGAUCUGCUGAAGUGGUUCCUUUCGGGAACCCUAUGUUAAGUGAAAUUUUGUGUUGGGAGGGUACGGCAUCUUAUCUCCUUGGAUUUCAGCUAGAACACCCCUGAAUUGUACUAGAAUGAACAGCUAAGAGCCUAAGAAGCAUAAGAUCACCUCAAUACCGAUUCUUCCUGCUUCUGAUCUUCUUACCUUGUCCUCGUG